UGUUGAAGCCAUGAAUGCAACAUUCUCAGCUGCUGCUCCCAAAGCUCUAAUGGAGCUAAAAGCAGCUCUCUUUCAUGGCUUCCAAUCCUUCAAUCAACUUAAACACAUUCAUGCUCGCCUUAUUCGUACAGGUUUUGAUCAAAACAACUAUCUUUUAAACUUACUAUUAAAAUUUACUUUGAACAAUUUCAACAAUCCAAAUUAUGCUAAGCUUGUAUUCAAUCAAACUCAAGAACCCAACAUUUUUCUUUACAAUACUAUGAUUCGUGGGUUGGUUUCGAAUAAUUGUUUUCACCAAUCAAUUGAAUUUUUCCAUGGGAUGAGAAAUGAAGGUUUCUUGCCCAACAAUUUCACUUUUCCCUUUUUGUUGAAAUCUUGCACGAGGUUAUCGAAUUUUGAAUUGGGUGUUAAGGCUCAUGGGCUUGUUGUGAAAGGGGGAUUUGAUUAUGAUGUGUUUGUGAAGACUGGGUUGGUUUGUUUUUAUGCUAGGUGUGGAUUUCUUGAUGAUGCACACCAGAUGUUUGAUGAUAUUCCUGAGAAGAAUGUUGUGUCUUGGACUGCGAUAAUGACGGGGUAUAUUGAUUUUGGGAAGUUUAAGGAGGCUAUUGGUUUGUUUCGGAGGUCGUUGGAGAUGGGUUUGAGUCCGGAUAGUUUUACUCUUGUUAGGGUGUUGUCUGCGUGUAGUCGGGUAGGGGAUGUUAGUGCUGGUGAGUGGAUACAUAGGUACGCUGUGGAGAUGGAUAUGGGGAGGAAUGUGUUUGUUAAUACUGGUUUGGUUGAUAUGUAUGCUAAAUGUGGGGAAAUGGCGAAAGCUCGUGAGGUUUUUGAUGAGAUGGUAGAGAAGGAUGUUGUGUCUUGGAGUGCUAUGAUACAGGGUUAUGCAGUGAAUGGGCUUCCUAAAGAGGCUUUGGAGGUGUUUUACAGGAUGCAACGACAGAGUGUUAGGCCGGAUUGCUAUUCAAUGGUUGGUGUACUUUCUGCGUGUGCAAGGUUAGGAGCGUUAGAAGUUGGCGAAUGGGCUAGUAAGUUGAUGGACAUGAAUGAGUUUUUGUCUAAUGCUGUUUUAGGUACAGCACUUAUUGAUAUGUAUGCUAAAUGUGGACGGAUGGUAUCAGCUUGGGAAAUAUUCAAACAAAUGUUGGUGAAGGAUAGAGUAAUCUGGAAUGCUGUUGUAUCGGGUCUUGCUAUGCACGGGUACGUGAAAUCUGCCUUUUGUUGUUUUGGUCAAGUAGAGAAACUUGGUAUAAAACCUAACGGAAACACAUUCAUCGGUCUCCUUUGUGCUUGCACUCAUGCUGGCCUUGUUGAUGAUGGUCGCAAAUAUUUUCAGAGCAUGACUCACUUGUACUCUUUGGAACCAGCAAUUGAACAUUAUGGAUGUAUGGUUGAUCUUCUAGGCCGAGCUGGCUUGCUGGAUGAAGCUCACUCGUUGAUCGAAAGUAUGCCAAUGAAUGCUAAUGCCGUCAUUUGGGGAGCUCUGUUAAGUGGCUGCCGGUUACAUCGUGAUACCAAGUUGGCUGAACAUGUGUUAAAGCAGUUGAUUGAAUUGGAACCAUGGAACUCUGGAAACUAUGUUCAUUUAUCAAAUAUCUAUGCAUCUAACAAUAAAUGGGAUGAUUCGGAAAAAAUCAGGUCUUGUAUGAACGAGAGAAGAAUGCAGAAGAUUCCUGCAUAUAGUUGGAUAGAGAUUGAUGGAAUAGUUCAUGAAUUUCUCGUUGGAGAUACAUAUCAUCCAAUAUCAGAUAACAUAUACGUUAAACUCGGUGAACUGAGCAAGGAGUUAAGAGAGGAAGGUUAUGUUCCAAAAACAGAAUACGUUCUAUUUGACAUCGAAGAGGAGGAGAAGGAGCAUUUCGUGGGCUGUCACAGUGAGAAGCUCGCGCUUGCAUUUGGCUUACUAAGUACUAAACCUAGUGAUGUUAUCAGAAUAAUAAAAAAUCUCCGUAUCUGUGGUGAUUGCCAUACAUUCUUCAAGCUUGUCUCAGAGAUAACGGAGAGAGAAAUUAUCUUACGGGAUAAUAAUCGUUUCCAUUGUUUCCUUAACGGAUCAUGCUCAUGUGGAGAUUACUGGUAAGACUUCAGUUGGUAAUAUGAUGUUGCAG